UCUGAGGUGGCAAGAUUUUAUUGGUUGGGGAACCACCGGUAGCUCCAAGCUCCGGUAAAAAGGACUUUGCGGGCACCGGUCGGCCUUGCCAUGGCCGACUGGCCAGAACCCAAUCGGCUUCAGCUAGGCGGACUGCAGACGCUCGGUUCAGCGCGCACACUGCUCCGCCGCACGCGCCCUUGUCCCGACAGCGUCCGUCCGAUCCGGCGACGUGUCGAUCGCACGGCCCAGCGGCACGCGCUACCCCUCCUCGUCGCCAACCGCCACGUGCCUUCCUCCCUCCUCCGGUUAUAUAAAAGCCCGCUCUCCCUCGGCACAGCACGCUUGCUGCUUCAACCACCAUCACCUGCUCUGCCCCGCUCCUCCCACCCCAGAGAAUUAACAAAGCAAUCUUAUCCUGCCUUUGCCCUCCCUCCCCUCCCCUUUCCUCCACUUGCAGCACCAGCACCAGCAUCAGCAUCAGAGAGAGAGAGAGAGAGAGAGAGAUUGAGGGGCACUGUCACCAUGGAGUAUGAGAGGAUACACAAGGUUCAGAUGGGGGUCAUGUCUCCGACGAAGCUGAGGAUGAAGCUGCUGGGGAUGGGAUCCCAUCCCCAUCCCCAUCCCCACGGAGCCGCCAGCAAGGACGAGGCGGCCAGCAAGUCGCCGUCCAGGCUCCACGCCGACGACCACCCCAAGAACAGCCUCCUGCCGCAGGAGCUCGACGAGGGCUCCUCGGAGUACCACAAGGACCGCUCGGAUUCUUCUUCCCGGUCGCGCUCCAGCGGGAGCCACGGCAGGUCUGCUGCUCACUCCGGCAAUGGCGGCAGCUUCGAGUUCCACAUGGAGGAGAGGGCGGCGGUGGCCGGCCUCGGGCCCUUCUUCAGGCAGGUGCCGUCCAAGUGGAACGACGCGGAGAAGUGGAUCGCCGGGAGGCACGUCGUGCACUCCAACCCCAUAUUCUCCAAGAAGGCGGCUGCCUCCGUGCACGGCCACAGCGGCGUCGGCGGAGGCUGCGUCCGCGUCGUGCCGGAGUCUGCGGCGCCGCAGUCGGAAACGAAGAAGACGAGCGGCGGCAGCGCGCUGACAGAGCUGCCGCGGUCGCCCUCGCCCUCGUCGUCUUCGCUGGCGUCGGUGACCGGGCCGGCGAGCAAGCAGCGUCGCGACACGAAGCUCCGCACCCAGGUGGGCGCCCCGGCGGUGGCGCAGUCGUCGUCGGUGUCGAUGAGGGACGUCGGCACGGAGAUGACGCCGAUCGCCAGCCAGGAGCAGUCCAGGAGCGGCACCCCGGCCGGCGCCGCCACGCCGUCCCUCAGCCCGCUCUGCUCGGUGCCGGCCUCGCCGUCCGCGUCCGAGCGGGAGCUGCAGAUCAGGACGCGCCGGGAGAUCGCCGCGCUCGGGCUGCAGCUGGGCAAGAUGAGCAUCGCGUCCUGGGCCAGCAAGGAGGACCGCAUCCGCACCUCGCCGGACAAGAGCACCGGCGAAGAAGACGAAGCCAGCAAGGAGGAGUUCGAAGCUCGAGCCGCGGCAUGGGCAGAGUCCAAGAAGUGCAAACUCGCAUCAAGAUAUCAGAGGAAGGAGGUGAAGAUUCAGGAGUGGGAGAACUGCCAGAAAUCCAAAUUCGAAGCCAAGAUGAGGCAUGCAGAGGUGCAGGCCGAUCAAAUGAAGGCGAGGGCGAAGAACAGCCUGACCAAGAGGCUGUCCACAUUGAGCCACAAGGUGGAGGGAAAGCAGGCGAGGGUCGAGGCGAGGCGGAACCGGCGGGCGGUUCGGCUGGCGCGGCAGGUGGAGCGCAUCCGGAAGACCGGCCGCGUGCCGUCCCGGUUCCGGUGCUGCAGCUGGUUCCUCUGCUGAAAACCAAGCAAAAUUCAGAUUGCCUCUGAAAUGCAGCCUGACUGAAAGAAGAAGCCUGAUGGUCUCAGUGCAAGCCUCUGGGACAAGAUGUACAUGAAAUUAUUUGAAUCGAUGUGCUGUAGGUGUUGUUUUGCUCUGUAGUCUGUACAAUCUGAAUGGCUGUGACCUGAGCUACAGUGGCAUGUUGCCAUUGAUAACAUGAGCUAAUGUUAAUUGCCUGCUAAGUGCUGACUAAUGUACUGAGAACUUUAAAUCAUCUUUUUUUUCUAACUUGGUAGUAAUUGUAGAA